AGAAGAAUUUGAAUUUCUCUCUCCUAAGUACACUUUUCCAAGCCCUGCGAAGCUUCACUCGCUCCAUCCCUCGAAGCUUCAGAAGCUUUCUCUCUCGGUAGUUAGUUUCAGCGUUGAGGACAAAAUUUUGGAAGUUGGAGAAGAGCUGUGGAGAGAAACUAUGCCAUUGCAAGGUGGCUCUUGCUUUUAUCAAUUACAGGGCCUGAAACCUCACACGUGGUAUGAAGUGAAGAUAUCAUAUCCGGCUUCUAUACCCGCUAGCUUUUCCAUACAACUGAAGAGAAACAAGUCGGAUGUGAUGCUGAAGAAUAACAGGAGAUUGCUUAACACUGAAAAGCUAAUUUUUAAGAACAACAAUCAGGAGGAAUUCCAGCUAGUAUUAGUAACUGUUGAGCCAGAAGGGUUUCCUGCAAAACAGCAUGUGCCGGAGAGGCAAUUUAUUAUCUACAAUAUAGUAUGUGAUGAACUAUUAUUUGGCUUACCCCACCAAGCAUGGUGGGUGGUGGCACUGGCUGUACUUGGUCUUGGCAUUGCAUUCAUCGUGCCUUCUUUUCUUCCAUUGUAUUUGUUACCAAAGAACCAAGUCCCAAUGGCAAACGAUCAUGUCUCCAAAACUUCUUGAUCUGCAUACUCUUUUUUUGCUUUGACAAUAGAAUUUUGAAAGCCACCUUUGGCUGCAAAUUUUCCAUGUUUUCUAAAUCAUGAUCCAUCUGCCAUCAUUUUUUAUGUCUAAAUGCAAGAGAACUUUGGAAUUUA